CAAAAGGAUCGAAACAAUCUUGGAAAUGCUCGGAUCAUGGGAAUGCAAGCAGACCUCAAGCUGUCAAAUGAGCAAUUCUUCAACUGUUUGAUGAUGUUUUUUGUUGGGUACAUGGUAUUCAUGCUUCCAGCAAAUCUCGGAAUGCGGAUUAUUGGUCCGCCGCGUCAACUUGGAAUCGCAGUCAUCUUCUUCGGUGCGUGCGGGACGUGUCUAUCGGCUUCAAAAAACUAUGGCACUAUCAUGGGCCUGCGAGUUCUCAUUGGCAUGGGAGAAGCUUUUGUCCAGGUUGGCUUGCUCUAUUUCAGUUUCUGGUACAAAAGAGACGAGGUUGCUACACGAGCUGCCGUCUACUAUACUUCUGCAACAAUAUCGGGUUGUUUCAGUGGCCUGAUUGCGUACGGAGUUGACAAAAAUAUGGAUGGUGUCCACGGUUUUAAGGCGUGGCAGUGGCUAUACAUCGUUGAGGGUAUCCCUGCUAUUGGCUUGGGAUUCAUAAUACUCUUCUUCCUUCCAUCGUUCCCAGACAUCAUCGCCAAGCGUGGGAGUAGGUAUUUUACCAACGCAGAGAUAGAACUGGCUCUCCAACGGAUGGCAGAAUCCAACAGUGUCACGAAUGAGAAAAUCGAGUAUUCUCAAAUUUUGAUCGCUCUGAGAGACCCCAAGUCCUAUUUCACCGCUAUCAUAUACGGCGCACUGUGCCUAGGAAUUGCGUCAAUCACUUCGUUCCUCCCCACAUUCAUUUUACAAUUCGGCUUCGACAAAUUGCAAACUCAACUCUUCACCAUGAUUCCCUAUGCAUUUGCAACCGUCACUCUCCUCGCCGUAUGUUUUAUCUCAGAUCGCAUCAAUACCAAAGGCCCAGUAUUAUUCAUCUGCAUGGCUACCUCUGCCGCCGGAUUCAUCAUUCUAAUGUCAACCACCAACAAAGUCGCUCUCAUUGCCGGUACAUGUUUUGUGACAGCAGGGCUCUACCCGGGUGUCAUCCUAACAGUGUCUUGGAUCACGAUCAACCAUUCUGGCUACACCAAGCGGAGCACCGCGUGGGCGAUGGCGCAAAUCACGGGCCAAGGCUUGAGCAUCAUUGGAACGCAAGUUUACAGGCAUCCACCUCGGUAUCUGAGCGGACACGGAACCCUCUUGGCAUUCUUCACGCUGGCGCUUUGCGCUAUCGUCUGCAAUUACCUUUGGAUGAAGAGGGAGAACAGGAAGAGGGAUGCGAGAGCUGAAGAGUUUCGAACGCUGGGCACAAAUGACAUUGAGGCUGAGAAGAGCACGAGUGAUUUGUUGGACUUCCAUCCUAAUUUCCGGUACAUCCUUUAA